AUACUCUAAGUGUGCCGUGUGACCACUGGUAGUGGUCAAUCAACUGUUAUUUGCUUUCUUAGUUAGUUUUAGAUUCUUUCUUCAACCAACCUCUUCCUCCUCUCUCUUCGUGACUGUUUUUCUUUACAACUGCAACCUCCUUCGUUGGCGACUGUGUACUUUGUGCGAUUCUAAGAAACUUUGUGGCUGUAGUGGUAUCCCUUGGUUGACUUCGCAAUGGCAGUAUCUGCAAUUGGAUUCGAGGGUUAUGAAAAGAGGCUCGAAAUAUCAUUUUUUGAGCCCGGCAUCUUUUUUGAUCCUGAAGGAAAAGGUCUUCGAUCAUUGUCGAAAGCCCAGUUGGAUGAGAUUCUAGGUCCAGCUGAGUGCACCAUAGUUUCUUCACUGUCAAACAAACAUGUGGACUCCUAUGUCCUUUCUGAGUCUAGCCUCUUUGUCUAUCCUUACAAGAUCAUCAUCAAAACCUGUGGGACAACAAAGUUACUUCUUGCAAUCCCACCCAUUUUGAAGUUGGCUGUCAGUCUUUCUCUUGCCAUAAAAUCUGUUAGGUAUACUCGUGGGAGUUUUAUCUUCCCUGGUGCUCAGCCUUAUCCUCACCGUAACUUCGCUGAAGAAGUCACUAUCCUUGAUAGCUAUUUUGGAAAGCUUGGUGCUGGCAGCACGGCUUAUGUAAUGGGUGGGCUUGAUAAACAGAAAUGGCAUGUGUACUCUGCAUCUGCAGAUUCAGUUACUGCUAGUGGCCCUAUUUACACUGUAGAGAUGUGCUUGACUGGUUUGGACAGGGAAAUGGCUUCAGUUUUCUACAAAGACCAAGCAGGCUCUGCAGCUGUGAUGACCAUUAAUUCUGGCAUAAGGAGGAUCCUUCCAGAUUCUGAGAUAUGUGAUUUUGAGUUUGAUCCUUGCGGUUAUUCAAUGAAUGCAAUUGAAGGGGAUGCAAUUUCUACUAUUCAUGUUACACCAGAAGAUGGGUUUAGUUAUGCAAGCUUUGAAGCUGUGGGCUAUGAUCUGAAAGAUUUGAAUCUGAAGCAGUUGGUUGAAAGGGUGUUGUUCUGCUUCAAACCAAGUGACUUCUCCGUAGCAGUGCAUGUUGAUGUUGCGGGUCAGUCGCUUGAGCAGAGCUGUCUGCUGGAUUUUAAAGGUUACUGUUGCGGAGAGAGAAGCAUUGAAGAACUUGGAAUUGGUGGUUCCAUCAUGUACCGGAAAUUUAACAGCACUGGUGGCUGUGUUUCUCCAAGAUCAACUCUGAAAUGCUGCUGGAAAGAGGAAGAGGAAGAAGAAGAGUAGUUCAAUGGUUUAUUUGCUCUAUGGUUUUUGGUGGUUAAUUAAAUAAAUUGCUCCUCCGGCAUUUGCCUGGUUAGAGCAUGGGGUAUUAUUUACUUUGUCCUUCAAUUCGUGUCAGUGUUACCCAUUCAGUUGACGGUAUGCAUGGAACUUGAGCAUGUUACUGUCAUUUGUAUGGCAGAAUUUGAGUUAAUGUUUCUAUUUAACAUCGUUUAUAAUAAUAAUAAUAAUAAAAGCUGUAUCCUUUUAUAUCGA